AAGGGGCCGACCUAUAUAAGCGGCCUACGGGGCGUUCCCUCGCGCUCCAGUGGCGGUGCGGGUGUCGGAGGGAGGUAGGCUUUGAGGGUGCUUCGCGCUCGUUGAGCCUACAUCUCAGGGGCGAUGGCGGAGGGAGAUAAUCGCAGCACCAACCUGCUGGCUGCAGAGACUGCGAAUCUGGAAGAGCAGCUACAAGGAUGGGGAGAAAUGAUGCUGAUGGCUGAUAAAAUUCUCCGAUGGGAAAGAGCCUGGUUUCCACCUGCCAUCAUGGGUGUGGUUUCUUUGGUGUUUCUGAUUAUCUAUUAUUUGGAUCCAUCUGUUCUCUCUGGUGUUUCCUGUUUUGUGAUGUAUUUAUGCUUGGCUGACUACCUUGUUCCCAUUCUAGCACCUAGAAUUUUUGGCUCCAAUAAAUGGACCACUGAACAACAGCAAAGAUUCCAUGAAAUUUGCAGCAAUUUAGUGAAGACUCGACGCAGAGCUGUGGGCUGGUGGAAACGCCUCUUUACAUUAAAGGAAGAAAAACCUAAAAUGUACUUCAUGACCAUGAUCAUUUCUCUUGCUGCGGUUGCCUGGAUUGGACAGCAAGUCCACAACCUGUUUCUCACCUACCUGAUAGUGACUUUCUUACUGUUGCUUCCUGGACUGAACCAACAUGGAAUCAUUUCGAAGUACAUUGGAAUGGCCAAAAGGGAGAUAAACAAACUUCUCAAACAAAAAGAAAAGAAAAAUGAAUAAUGCAUCUGCUUUAUUCCUGUGUUAAUGGAGUGUGCAUCACCCCUGGGAACAGUUCCUACUAUGCUGUUUGGAUACUAAAAUGUUACAGAAGUAGUAGCUCUUGCUCUGCCUCACUCUGCCCUUAGUUCAUAGAAAUUCCCACUUGCCAGGUAAGGCUUUGUGCACAGUGUCUUUGAGUCAGGUGUAGCUGGGUACAUUUUCAUCAGUUGGCCUUAAAUGGACAACUCAUUAAUGAGUAUGGCUUGUCUUGAUUAUUCUCACCCAGGGAUAAUUGAAUUUUUACUUUUGACGACUUCCUUUAAAAUAACAGUGGUGAAUUUUACUUUUUAGUGAAAUUAACAGUGUUGACAUUUGUUUUAGCUAGAUGCAAGGUAGUGAUCUGUGGCUGUGAGAAGCUGGAUCUACUGUCUGCUUCACAGUUUGCUUAAAAAAACUGUCUGGCUUCAUGAGUAUAGAGACCAAGUUUACUACUUCUGAGGAAGAGACCAAUUAAUUAAGAUUUGUUCUUUGUGCUGUUUUGUUGUUUGUUUGUUUUUCACCAUGGGAGAAGAAUCCCCAUGGAAUAAAAUAUAGCUAAUUCCAUGCCCUAGUUUGUAUAGGUUUCUUCCUUGUGCAAAACUUAAGCCAUUUCUAGGAAACAUUGAUUCUUUGUUCCACAGGGAAUCUGACAGGCUUAGAGCUGCUGUUCCCUGCACCACUUAAGUUAGUAAACCCUUAAGUCUUUUUAACAGCAGACUUUCAAAAAAUUGUACUUAGGAUUUUUAGCAUACUUAGCAUUUUAUGUUUUCAGCUGACUUAAAGUCCAUAGUAGAUUGAGACUUGUGUUCGAUACCUUUACUCCAUGACUAGCUAAACAAAGACAAAAGUCUUCCUGUGUAUAGUCAAAAAUUCAUUACAGUAGAAAAGAAAAUAAUUUUUAAGACCAGAGAAAACCUUCAAACGUAAACCUCAAAUUCCUGUUCUUUGGUUGUGGCCAUUACUUGGUCCCCUUUGGUUUGGCAUUGAAGAUAGUGACUACACUGAUGACUUUUUUCCGUCAAUAUUUCUUUGAAAAAUUCCAGGGCUGUUGGUGAGAGCAGACAUGUAGUGUGAUAGCUGGCCUCUGUUCUACAUAGAUUCGUGACUCUUUGGAAAGCUUGUCAGUCUUUCCUUCUCAGUAGCUAGAAAUUUAGAGUAGUUGAAAUCUGUAGGAAUAAACCUUUGAGGGCCAAAAAUGUGACAUGUUGGGAACAAUUCUUAAACUGAUUAAUUAGCCGUAAUGUAGUUUUGUGAAUUUAUUGCACUGACACUGUAAAACCUGUACCUUGUGGUAUCUCUGUUCCUAAUUGUUUUUUCCCUUCAAUUGCUGUAAACACCUGCACCCAGUAGUAUAUGUUCGAUUCUUUUUUUAAUGUUUCAUAUGACAACUACCUUAAUUUUACAUGUGUUUCCUCAUUGUAAAUAAGCCUGUUUUCCUAUCUGGAUUUUUUUUUGUGUGAAUACAUGUUCUACCAAUUAACUACUUUAGCAAUUUUAAUCCUGUAUUAUUUCUUCUACUUUGUUUUGUGUAAAAGGGGAAAAAUAAAAAAAAUUUAAAAACUG